AUGCUGCCCGGCCCGCAGGGCCCGAGCGCGCCCGCGCCGCCCCCCGGGCCGCCGCCGCCGCCGCCGCCGCCCCCGGCCCCGGCGCAGCCCCCGGCCCCGGCGCCGCCGCCGCCGCCCCCGCAGCAGUUCCCGCAGUUCCACGUCAGGUCGGGCCUGCAGAUCAAGAAGAACGCCAUCAUCGACGACUACAAGGUCACCAGCCAGGUCCUGGGGCUGGGCAUCAACGGCAAAGUUCUGCAGAUCUUCAGCAAGCGGACGCAGGAGAAAUUCGCCCUCAAGAUGCUUCAGGACUGCCCCAAGGCCCGCAGGGAGGUGGAGCUGCACUGGCGGGCCUCCCAGUGCCCACACAUCGUGCGCAUCGUGGACGUCUACGAGAACCUCUACGCGGGGAGGAAGUGCCUGCUGAUCGUCAUGGAGUGUUUGGAUGGUGGAGAGCUCUUUAGCCGAAUCCAGGACCGAGGAGACCAAGCGUUCACUGAGAGAGAAGCGUCAGAAAUCAUGAAGAGCAUCGGCGAAGCCAUCCAGUAUCUGCAUUCAAUCAACAUUGCCCACCGGGACGUCAAGCCCGAGAAUCUCUUAUACACCUCCAAAAGGCCCAAUGCCAUUCUGAAACUCACCGAUUUUGGCUUUGCCAAGGAAACCACCAGCCACAACUCCCUGACCACUCCUUGCUAUACGCCCUACUACGUGGCCCCGGAGGUGCUGGGUCCCGAGAAGUACGACAAGUCAUGCGACAUGUGGUCGUUGGGCGUCAUCAUGUACAUCCUGCUGUGUGGCUACCCCCCCUUCUACUCCAACCACGGCCUUGCCAUCUCCCCCGGCAUGAAGACUCGCAUCCGGAUGGGCCAGUACGAAUUUCCCAACCCAGAGUGGUCAGAAGUGUCCGAGGAAGUGAAGAUGCUCAUCCGGAACCUGCUGAAAACGGAGCCCACGCAGAGAAUGACCAUCACGGAGUUUAUGAACCACCCCUGGAUCAUGCAAUCCACCAAGGUCCCUCAGACGCCCCUGCACACCAGCCGGGUCCUGAAGGAAGACAAGGAGCGAUGGGAAGAUGUCAAGGAGGAGAUGACCAGUGCCUUGGCCACAAUGCGCGUUGACUACGAGCAGAUCAAGAUAAAAAAGAUCGAAGACGCGUCCAACCCUCUGCUGCUGAAGAGGAGGAAGAAGGCUCGGGCCCUCGAGGCUGCGGCCCUUGCCCACUGAGCUGCAGCCUCGGCCGCCUCCCUGGAGGACAAGCAAUAACUCCCGAGCGGAUUUGUUUUUUAAGCGAAGAGACACAGACUGUCCCCUCCUCCCCCUCUGCCACCCGGCUGCGUGGAGCCUGGACCGCGUGGCCGGCUGAAUCCUGCCUUUGAUUCCGGAUGCCCGACGGGGGGAGUUGGGAGGCCACGGAGAGGAGGGAGGGAGGUGCUCUCCAACCUGUGCUCGUUUUGCAGUUUUAUCCGUAAUUUGACUUAGGAUUUUUAUGAAUUCUUUUAUUGUGCUUUCCCUUCCGCCGCCCCCUUCCUGCCAGACCCCUUCCUCUCUGGAUCCUGCAAAGGUUUGGGGUUUGUUCAAGGCUGAUUUGUGGAGCUGUUAUGGGAGGGUCCCGGUGUUGUCCCACCCGCCUUCCCUAUCUCCCCACUGGCUCGGUGUCCUGGGUGCUCACGGCCAUCCGUGGGGGAGGCUGCCACCCCCUGCCUCCCCUGGAGGCCUGGGACACCACCAGUGUGCCGGGCAGAUGGGAGUGUGCGUAUGUAUGCUUGUGUUGUGUGUGUGUAUGCGUGUGUGUGCGUGCGUGUGUGUGCCCACUUCUGUGCCUGGGACCGCGCAUUUGAGGAGCCAGGGCCAGGCAGGGUUGCAGAGGGAGGGGCCCCCCAAUGGCUCAGAGCCCCCUCCCUCCCAGGGCCUGCCCUGCCUAUACUGAGCCUGCCAAAGUGCCUGGGAUGCCUGUCCAGACUCUGAGCCGGGCCGGCCGCAUCCUGGCUGUCGGCUGGGCUCCGGGAGGCAGAGAGGAGUGACUUGGGCACUGGCACAGCUAUCGGGAAGACUGGACCCCCUGCCCCCACACCCCGUGCUGGGCCUGCGUGCUCUGGGCACUGAUCUACUGAGCAGCCUCUACUUCCCUUCUUGCCUCUAGAAGCCCUUUCUCCUUUCUCCUUUUCUUACCUUUUCGGCCACUUCUCAGUGGGCUGCUCUCGGCUCCUGUGGCCAAGCCGGGCAGUGUAUGUGGACAGCCUUGGGCAUGCCCAUGUCUCCUUGGCGCAGGGCAUCAGCCGGCCACCCCAUGGGCCUCCCUCAAGUUUCCAUUGUGUGACCUAGUGUGUGUGUUGGGGGGGGGUCUUCACACCAAAGAUGUCCCGACUGCCUCAUUGCCCGUUAGCCUUUCAGCCCCACCCCUAAACAGCUCCGCCUCCUGUGCCCAGGCUGGGGGACGCAGCAUGGGGAGCCGUGCUCUGUGCCCUGGUGCCUCCCUCCGGCGCCCUUGCCCCCAGGAGCAGGUGGGAGCACCGGGUCUUCUGUGGGUGCCGGGCAGGGCUCCGGGUGCCUGCCGCACCUCCCUCGUCUCAGACGGUGUGUCCAGCACUCAGACUGUUGUAAACUGUUGUUUUGUAUGAGCGAAAUCGUCUUUACUAAACAGAUUUAAUAGUUGAAA